AUGCGAAGAAUUCGAAUUAAAUUCGGUCCAAAGACCGGCGCUGUCUCGACGAAAACAAAAGGUCGUCUGGGCAAUGGUGGUCCUCUUCACGCGCACAUAUACAUCCUGCGAUCAGAUCUACCCUUUGGUAACUUCCCGAUGACCAGUGUAUCUGGACACCAGCAUAGCGUAAACAAUGAUCAAUAUCACAUCCGUAAACAUCGGCAGGAACGAGACAUGCACUGGUAA